GUUUCCUGGUUCGGGGGCUGGCAGCCAUUUUGGGUUCUAGGUACCAGAGCGGAGGCUGCCGUCACCACCGCUGUCUGUGAGGGAAGCUAUUGAGCCCUGUGGAAAGGGAGACGUUGACACUGCCGGUGCCGUCUCCUCCUACUGUUUGCUUGAAAAGGAAACCAGACACCCAAGGAGCUGCCGCCGGUGGGUCUGACCGCCGCCUGCUCCGCGGAGCGAGCUCGUUCUCUGUAGGCCGCGGGACCCCCGCUGACAUGUCCAGCAUGAAUCCCGAAUAUGACUAUUUAUUCAAGCUGCUUCUGAUUGGAGACUCUGGUGUUGGAAAAUCUUGCCUUCUGCUUAGGUUUGCAGAUGAUACAUACACAGAAAGCUAUAUCAGCACAAUUGGUGUGGACUUUAAAAUCAGAACUAUAGAGUUAGAUGGAAAAACAAUCAAGCUUCAGAUAUGGGAUACAGCAGGGCAAGAGAGAUUUCGAACGAUCACUUCUAGUUAUUACAGAGGAGCUCAUGGCAUCAUAGUUGUGUAUGAUGUUACAGAUCAGGAAUCUUUCAAUAAUGUAAAACAGUGGCUUCAAGAAAUCGACCGUUAUGCCAGUGAAAAUGUAAACAAGUUGUUGGUAGGGAACAAGUGUGACCUGACCACAAAGAAAGUCGUAGACUAUACAACAGCAAAGGAAUUUGCAGAUUCCCUUGGGAUUCCAUUUUUGGAAACCAGUGCAAAGAAUGCAACUAACGUAGAACAGUCUUUCAUGACCAUGGCUGCUGAGAUCAAAAAACGAAUGGGUCCUGGAGCUACAGCAGGUGGUGCAGAGAAGUCCAACGUUAAAAUUCAGAGCACUCCAGUCAAGCCGUCUAGUGGAGGUUGCUGCUAAAACUUUCCUCCCCUCUCAACAAUGAAAUCAGAACCCAGCUGAAAGAAUUGCCUGAAUUGUACUGUAUGUAGCUGCACUACAACAGAUUCUUAUCGUCUCCACAAAGGUCAGAAAUUGUAAAUGGUCAAUACUGACUUUUUUAUUUCCCCAAUUCAAUAAAGCUUAACUUCAUUUUCAGAAAUGCAUUAAACCUUUUGUGUGCUGGUUUAUAAAUGCGUGUAAUCCUUGUUGCUUUUUCUUAUACCAGAUUGUUUCCUGUGGUUGGCUAAACUUGGAAUAUUUUUUGUUCUGAUCAUAUUGGCAUGUUUAGAUGUCAGAUUUAGUUUUCUGAAGAUGAAGUUUAGCCAUUUUUUGUAUCCAGCAGCACAACUGUGUCACUUUUCCAUGCAUAAAGUUCAGUACGAUGUUCUAUGUAAGAUCUACUUUGCUAGUUCUUUGUAGAGAUAUAAAUGGAAAGAUUAUAUUCUGGCCAGGAUCCAAAGAAUUGCACAAAUUAGUUCUGUGCACCUCCAGGUUUGGACUUUUCUCAAGCAGCACUUCCCCAAGGCAAACCUCUUGUGAAACUGAGGGUCAUUUCAUAAGGGCAGGGGAGUUGCCAUUCAAAAAAAAGUUGCAGUCCUGUCUAGCUCUUUGGAUCCCAGAUGUUGAUUUUUCUUCAUACUCUGCAUAUAAUUUGUUGCUGCAGAAUAUUGUAAUUUGUUGCACAAUAUGUAACAAACCGAAGAAAUGUUUAAUAAAUAUUGUACUUAUUGGAAGUAAUAUCAAACUGUAUGGUGAUAAGUAUUGUCUUAAUUCUUAUGGCUAAGGGGAAAGGCUUGCAUUGUGCCCCACAUGAACCUUUUAAUGUGCAGUAAUGGCACUUUAGAACCUUUACCUAGACCAUACCCUGCCAGCCCAGCAAAUAACUAGCAAGUAUGGCCUAACAGACUUAAGUUGUCAGGUGUUUCUGGCAUGUAUGCUAUACUUGAAACACAACUUCUAACAUUGUUUAUAGAAUCAUAAUCACUCUAAAUGUACCAUAUUUCUCUUUCCUUCCCCCGAGUCCUACGUGUGUCUGGAUCUGUUUCUAAAUGAUAUCAUUUAGAAAUAACUUGUGUCUCUUGCUCUGUCAUAAGAGGAAAGCAGUAUUUUCCUAACAUAUGAAUGAAUUCAAACUAACAAAGUGAUGUUAACUCUGAUGGUAUGUUAUGUCUUUUCUAAAUAAUGUUACUUCCAUUCUCUCACAAUCAAAUACUGUUGACUUUAAUAAACUUAGUGCAAUUUAUUGGUUGGCUUUGUUAUGCACAAAGGCACAAGGAGGCUGAAGUGGGAACUGGUCAUAAGGUAAAUGACCAGAGUACUAAUGAAAUUUUGUGCAGGGAGAUGUUUUGAAUAAAAAUGUGCAGAAAAUUGUGGCUUAACUUACUGCUAUGGUGCCCGCAUGUAGAUUUUUUUGUAUAGAUGAACUAAUCCAUUAGUGCCUGAAAUCUGGAUUUUGAAGUUACUAAUUGGAUGAAAGAAUCUCUAUAAAAGAGAUUAAUUUGAAACUGCCAUUAAGGUUUGUUUUGUAAGAAAACAUCCAGGUGUGACUAUAAAAUAGGCCACUUAAAUAUGUUGAGACAAGUGUAUUCACAAAACACUAAAAGGAAAAUUUGAUCCCUGUCAUAAAACAUUAGCAUUUGCAUCCCCAGCUGGAGUACCCUAAUUCUUCAUACUGUUGUCAGAUGAUUGAAAUUAUUGAAACUUUGAAUUUGCUAUCUUGACCCUCACAAUAAAGUGUACUUCAUAAUAA